AUGACUCGACAGGAGGAGAAAAAGGAGCUUUCACAGCUGAAUCUUAGAUAUGCUGAAUAUAUUGAAAAAGUUCAUAAACUUGUUUUACAAGCCAGUCAGAGUGAUUCUUCGGCUCUGUUGACUGCGAUUCAUAACUUAGAGGGGGAAGUCGUUGCUAUCAAGACUCUUUAUGAAAGAGAACUUGAAAGCUUGAGAUCAGAACUACAGCGUGCGAUGAGUGAAGGACAACGACUGGAAAUGUCCGAAAAGAAACAAACCAGUCUGGUGCUGGAACUGCAAGGACGACUCGCUUCUGAACAACAACAGAAUCAGGCAAUCGUUGCUGAAAUGGGGAAUAUGAAACAACUCGUAGCGAAGAUGGAGCUGGAAAUCAGGCAGAUUACUGUAGAGAGAGAUGGUCUUGCUAAAAAGAUGAACGAAUCACAGCGAGAAGGGCUUUCAAGUUUGCAAAAAAUGGAAUUGGUGAACAGAAAACUAGAGACAGAAACACUCGCAAAAAACGAAGCACUGAACGCUCUGAAUAAUCUACAGAAGAAAAUAGAACUACAGAUGCGACUCUAUGCAGAGGAAGUUGCUGAAUUGAAGAGUCGCCUUGAUAACAAAGGUAAACAAAUACUGAUGCUGGAAGGAAAAUUAAAACAGAUGGGUCAUAGUGACAACUCAUUACAAGUAAUACUGGCUAGAGUACGUGAGACGGCCGAUGCUGACUUGCAGAAAUAUAAGAAGGAAUCGGAGGCUCAAUACGCAAAGAACUUACAGGAGUUACAAAUCCAGAUGCGACAAGACACUGGAUACACUUCGGGACUGGCCGAUGAAAACAAAAAGUUAAAUGGUGCCAUUGAAGAUUACAGAAGAGAGAUUCAAUUGUUACAAGGCAAGAUACGCACUCUGGAACAAAACAACGGUGAAUUGACUACGAGUCUUAAUGGAGAACGUCAGAAGUCGUCUGUGCAUAUCCAGUCUUUGGAAGUUAAACUGCAGGAAAUACAGGAGAAGUUUAUCCACAAACUGCAAGAAUUGGGAAGCGGCAAAGAACCGCCAAUCAGAGCAGAGAUAGAGGCACUGAAGGCAAUGCUUGCACAAGAAGAAAAAAGGUUGGAGACUGUGAUUGGACAGCAGACCUCUUGGAGCACACAGGGAAGGAGCAAUGUAGGCUCAGUUGUAAUCUAUACAGGCAGCAAGUCUUCUACAGUGAAUGAUAGUGGAAAUAACAAUAACCCGUCAGUAUUAACUAGGUACAAUGUGUUUGCAGGGUCCGGGGGAAGUACAGGAUUUGGAGGAACUACGGGAUCUCGGAGAAGUGCUACUUUUGGUGGAACUAUUGGAGCUACAGUAACAGGACCACCAACAACAGCACAAUCUAUGAAUUACACCUCCAGGGCUACCCAGGGUUAUCAAGAGUUCUCUCGAUAUGGUGCCAGUCAAGUACCACGUCUACGAAGGUUUUAA